AUGCCAGCUGCCACGGAAGGACCAACAGUGUCGCUGUCCUUUGCGAACAACUUCUGGGGUCGAGAAGAUGCGGGCGUCGGGCCAUUGCUCGAUCGCAUGGCUUCUGCUAAGCAGACCAGCGACGAGCUUCGAUCCUUCUAUAGUGCCCGAGCCUCCAUCGAGAACGAUUACGCCCACAAAUUGAUGUCGUUAAGCCGCAAGUCGCUGGGAUCACAUGAGAUGGGGACACUCAAGUCGUCGUUGGACACAGUUCGUGGCGAGGUUGAACAGAUGGCGAAGCAACACGGCAGCAUUGCAGCCCAGAUGAAGACUGAGUUGGAGGAGCCUCUCGCCGCCUUUGCCGGAGGGAUGAAGGAGCGCCGCAAGAUCGUACAGAACACAGUCGAGAAACUACUGAAGGUCAAGAUUCAACAAACUCAGAUGGUCAACAAGACUCGCGAUCGUUAUGAACAGGAAUGUCUCAAGAUCAAAGGCUACUUGGCGCAGGGCCACAUGGUCAUGGGUCAGGAGGAACGGAAGAACAAGGCCAAGCUGGAGAAGACACAGAUCAGUCUUGCGACAUCGAACAGCGAAUACGAGAGUGCGGUCAAGGCACUCGAAGACACCACUGGUAGAUGGAACCGUGAGUGGAAGGCGGCCGCCGACAAGUUCCAGGAUCUGGAAGAGGAGAGAUUGGACUUCAGCAAGAGCAGCUUGUGGACCUUUGCGAACAUCGCCUCUACGGUCUGUGUUAGCGACGAUGCAUCGUGUGAGAAGAUCCGAAUCUCCCUCGAGAAGAUGGAUGUGGAGAAGGACAUUCUGAACUUCAUCAAUGAACGAGGCACCGGCCAAGAGAUCCCGGACGCGCCCAAGUACAUCAACUUCUGUCGGGGGGACGUGGAUGACCACCAGUCGGAGGUCUCUGACGAUGACAAUUAUUCGGUCGCACAGUUCCCUCGCAACAUCAAUCCUGCUUUCCGCACUUCCUCGCCUCAACCUUCAACAUUCGAGUCUCACCAUGACCCCAACUCUAUGUUGGCUCGGGAUCUAGCACAUCAAGACCCUAUGGAAUCGUUAAGCAGACACCAAGACCCUAUGGAAUCGUUAAGCAGGGAGGCGACUCUGACCCCCCACAAGGUCUCGGGCUCUACCAUCCCCCCACAAGACCGGCGUCAGAUGAAUGGAACGCAGCAGCAGCAACAUGAUGCUUCUCAGCUCCCCUCACAAAACCGGCGGCAGAUGAAUGGAGUGCAGCAGCAGCAAUAUGAUUCUGCUCAGUUCGCAUCAGUACCACACGACCCCUACCCCAUGCAUGGAAUGACCAUGCUCUGCCGUACGGAUGGCAUGAACUCGGCCACAAGCUCGAACGUGUCAGCAAGGCCGUUGAGUCGCGAUGAUAAUAGUGAAUACUCGAACCCGACGUCCUUCUCUAGUCAGGAACCACCGAGCGGUCAAGUGUCCCCUACGAAGCAAGAGCCCGUGGCCAUGGGCCAAGUAGACAAGCACUCCCUUUCUCUGAAGAAGAAAAGUGGCUUUUUCCAGAACCACAGCCCAUUCCGCAGGAAGAGUACCAAAGAUGUCCAACCACCGAACCGCAACACCUGGGGUCCGACGACUCAGAGUUCGGCAAGUCCUCGACGUCCUCAAGCCUACCAGCCGGAACCACACAACACGCCUCAAGCCUAUCAGCCGGAGCCACGCAACACGCUCGGAGAAAGGACGGCCAGCCCAGACCCUAUCGAUGCAAAUGCAAGCUUGGCGCUGAACGUGGGACAGAACGUGUUCCCUGUUGCCAACACGGACAAAAAACGCAGCAAAACCGUGGAUGAUAGCGCUGCGCAACCCGAGGAUAUGGAUCCCAUUGCCCUCGCAUUGGCAGAGUUGAAGGGUGCCGGUAGCAUGAAGGGUAUCGGUAGCAACAAACAGUCGGCUGGACGGAUCUCAGCAGAUCACUAUCACGGCAUUGCCACGCCGGCUCCCGACCGACCGCACGAGCGAUCACAGGCUUUCUCACGUUCGGUGCCCGUCCCCAGGGGAGGUAGCGAUGUCGCUGCUGCCAUGAGAGGCACUCCUCCUCCGUCGUACGACCAGCCGGUGCAGCGACUGGGCGUGCCACCUCCGGCUUGUACAUCGAAGGCUAUGCAGGAGUCUUCGCGGAAAUACACGGGACAGACCAGGGACAUGUUCAACCAGAAUCGGUCAGGGGCGAGCACGUAUGGCCGUAGCCAGUCCCGGCCAGCAGCUAGAGGUACCGACAUGCCUCGUGCGACUUCGCCGGCAGCGCCUCGAAGUGCUUCCCCUAGGCCCGGGAUGCAUCCCGACACGCGCCAAGCACACCGUUCUGCGUCGCCGAACCCAUACAGCGGCAGCCAACACCAUGCGUCGCCGCAAAGUGGCAUGCCACCAUCGCGUGGCUCGGACACAAGCUACCAGAGGCACAACUCGCCAAACGACAUGGCACGAGGACCUUCGCCAUCUCCGUACAGGGGAGAAUAUGACCGUCCUGUUAGUCGCGGUCCCAUGGCGGUUCAGCUUGCACCGGCUGGAGGGGAGGGUUCAGCGUAUGGGUCGGCGCGCGGAAGGGGGGGCAGUGGCAGGCCUGGGACAUCUUCCAGCUCUCGCGGCGCUAUGAGCUUCUAUGAUGGCCGGGACCCAGCGGUAGACGGGUCGAGGCAGCGAAGUAAGAGUGUGGCCGACCCAGGCCGGCAGUACACUCCAGAUGGUCGUGCCAUCUUGCACUACGCCCGGGCGCUGUACAUGUACCAGGCAGCCAUCCCCGAAGAACUCGGAUUUGCCAAAGGUGAUACGCUGGCCGUCCUUCGGCACCAGGAUGACGGAUGGUGGGAGGCUGAGAUCCACGCCGGGAACGGGGUCGGGCGAAGCGGGCUGGUCCCUAGUAACUAUCUGCAGCCGUGUUAG